CCGUUCCACAGCGUGGCUUCAGGAGAGCGUUGCGGUUCCACUCCUCAGGCCUCGAGCCACACGUAGCCUCGCGCCACGCGGAGUCUCGAAACCCUCGGAGCCUCGAAACGCUCGGAAUUCGGUGCUAUCCCACUCCGAGUUUGGAAACCAGGCGUUCUGGGCUCGCUCGUGCCCUUCCAGGACCAGCAAGGGACGCUGUCGCAUCUGGCUUCCAUUUCUGGGGCUGGCACGACCAGAAGGACCUCACGCCAUUUUGCACGUUCUGAGAUGUUGGGUUCCAGCAGACACCCAUGUUCCCUUGAACAGCCCAGAACCAGUUCCCUGGGUCCUGGUGACAGGAAUCAAAAGAAAAGUCACACCAGCCAACUUCAGGAGCUGGCAUUGCUGAUACCUAUGACCCUGAAGACUGGUUCCAAGAAGCUCACCAAGAAGGAGAUUCUGCAGCAUGUCCUGCACUACAUACAGUACCUCCAGAGAACCAUCAAUGUGGUCAAGGCCUUGCUCAAAAUCUACCUCAGAAGUGAGGAAGGUGGACUUGUGGACCAGAAAGAAGAAAACGUGGGAAGGACCAGCACCCCUCCAAGGUGCCCUGAUGCCUGCAAUCCCCCCAAGGCUGUGCUGACCUCAUCUCAAGAAGGAAAUGCAGAUGAAGAAGCAGGAGGCCAGAUGACACUGCUGGACAUGACCAAGGACAUCAAUUUUGGUGACAUCACAAAUGGUGCCCAAGAUGACAAGCCUGACCCUGCCUUUGAGGAUGAGAACAGGGGUGAGAUGACCUACUUCCUCAGUGAAACACAGUUCUACCCCAGGCAGCAGAUGGUCUUCUAUGAUUCCAGUGAGGAGAUGGACAAUGACGCUGACCCUUGGCUGCCUGUCUGCACCACAGAGGACAGAUCCCAAGAGAGCCUGCUGGCCUUGCCACCUCCCCAGGUCCCUGCCUGUAGUGUGACAGGCCACCCAGAUGAGAUUCUAGGACUCAGCCCUUCCCUCUUCAGCUCCCCAAGCAGACUGCUGCCAGAACAGAUCUUGGAGGAUGACACCAUGUUUCUGACCCAAGGUCUCUUUGAAGAAGUGCUGUUAAGUCCUGAGUCUCCACCUUCUGCUUGCAUGCUUGUAGCUCCUGAGGAGAAGGAUGCCCCCGCCAGGGCCCCCGAAGUCUCUCCUGACUUCUACAGCCUGUGCCAGUCUUCGGUCUCCUUGGACCACUGCUACUUCCCCCUGAGUGACAAAAGCAAGCCGCUCUCCAGCCCUAGCUCUGAGAACAACGACACAGACUUCCUGUGGGAACAGGAAAAGGUGAGAGGAACGGCCACCUGCCGAGGCUGGAUGGGUCUCUCCUGCCCUCACUCACCUCCCUGCCUCUCUCAGGACACACAGGCCAACCCUGAGGGCUCACCGUCCUCCAAUGACGAGGACAAUGACUACACAUGGACCCCAACCCGGCGGGCCUCCACCCUGCCUGCCACUGGGAGGAAGGCCAGGAAGGGCCAGGCCAGCAAGGGCCGGGCCAGCAAGGGCCCCAUGAAGCCCAAGGAGAGCAAGAAAGCCCACUGCCUCAACCAAGUGAAGAAGAAAUGUGUCAACGGCUUCAUCAUGUUCUGCAGGAUGAACCGGAAGCCAUAUAUCCGAGCCUGCCCUGGGACUGCGUCCACAGCUGCCACCAAGGAGCUGGCCCAGCUGUGGCGGGUGAUGCCCCAGGAGGAGCGGAGACCAUACUGCAUCAAGGCUCGCAGGUUCAGCCGCCAGCACAACCGCAUCGUGAAGCAGGAAAGCUCUGACAGUGAAGAUGAGGACUCGGUGACCCCCAAGCCCUUCUACCAGCUGCUGGCCGAGAAGGCACAGGCUUCCCUUGAGCAAGCCUCGGCGCCACCCCCUCAGGGUGACUGAGGGCAGAACUCCACACACACACACACCCCCGCAGCUCCUACAGCCUGUUUGAAACCAGGAGCCAGCGAUGGUCAGGUUGUCCCCACCCCACCUCAGACCCCGCUGUUGUAGGGCCAGUUCCCAGGGACUGAGGAUGAGUUGUAUUUAUCUGUGCUUUGCCUUGUGCGUGCUGCUGCCCUUCUCACAGCCCCUUUCUGCCUUGCAGUCAGUAGGAGCCCCAGGGUGGGCGGAGGGAACCCUAGAUGAAAUGCAGGAGGGGAAGUUCACAAGCAGAGGAUCCCCAUACCCCUCCUCUCCCUCCAGGAUCCACUUGUCUUCAUUCACACCUCACCUCUCCCUCCCAGUUCUAUUUAAAGACUAUUUAUUGUUUCAAACAAAAUAAAGCAAGGACCCUUGUUACCAGCAA